CUCGUGGCUUCUGGACUAGUCCAUCAGCCAGAUCGUCGGCCGCAAUGGCUUGCCGUGUGGCAGCUUUCCGAUGGAAGUGACAAGCUAAUGGUGUACACAACGGCCCCAGACCGCAUUCACGUGCUCGCCCCCGGAGAUACGCGGACACUGAAUAGGGACUCAGUCUUUCUGUUCCAUUUUCACACUAAUCCUCUCAGUGCAAGGGCCUCUUUUCUGUUAUAUGAGAAGCUCUGCGUCGAGUUCGGACUACGUCACCCCUAACUCCAAGUCGCACGAUAUAUUAAGCACAACCUCUAAUCUGGACGCCGUCCCUCCUGGGUUACCUCUGGACUUAGCCGAGCUUCUGGAGGACAAGCAACGCCUCUCGCGACCACGCCUACCUCUCCCAUUUAUGUUCCACGAAUACCAAUACCAAAGCAAGUUUUGACUUUAUAGAUUUGCAUACUUUUGUCUUUGAAGUUCCAGGGGCCGAGGCCUAGUUUUACAAUAUGUUCAAGCACGACGCAACUCUUUUAUUACCGGAAAAGUCUGUAGCUGUACUACUGAUUCGACCUCCCAUUAUUUGAAGAUACUCUAGUAAGUAAUAAUAUGCUGCAAGAGCUGAGAUGGAGUCGCGCAUCGCUCCUUCGUGACAUUUUUCGAACUAAGUACUCAAGCCUUAGAGUUAGAGAGAGACACUGUAGCGCCGUCUGAGCCGCGUGCUCUAUUUAACUUCAAUCCAGUGUUCGUAGUCCUCGUCUCUUCACAUUAUUAGCGACAAAAGCCUCGGUUUUGAAUAUUAACUUGCCACUUCAUUUUUCAGUCAUAUAAUAGGGUAGUUUAUAAUAGACGCUGGGCCCAGCGUAGCCCAGCGUCGCAGAGUCGAGAGGCUGGCAUGUUCGCCAGUGAUAGGGUCAACGGAAUGGCGCGAUUUUAUGUUCUACGUAUUGUUGACCAAUUCUAGUCGUCACUUUCAUGAAGGCAGGACCUGGAGUGGUGUGCAUCGAGGAGAACGCAUCGGUGUCGUGGCCCAUAGGCAGCGCGAGGACGAUUGAGGGAUAUCGCUUGAGCUCGUGGACACUGUGCGAAAUCACAGUGCGUCGAAUGACGGAGGUCAACGUUGAAGGCGAUUCGACGUCUAACAUCAACAAGGCAUGACGAGGCUGAGCAAUGAUUAUGAUCUGCCGAACAGGUAUAAAAAGCGUUUUGUGGAGGAAAUUCCGCAUGCCUUUGCACACGUAGCAUCUCCAUGAAAAUAUGGUGCACUUUCUUACUGAAUGAACCCGAAUCAUUCUUGUCCCACAUCUUUUCAGAUGGAACAUUUGGACGAGGCGCAAGAGAUGAGAUGGACAUGAUUAAUGUACUAAAAUUAGUAUUUCCAC